GAGGCUUUCAUCUUCAGGAAGCCCUCCACCUUCAAGAAGCCCUCCACCUUCAGGAAGCCCCUCCACCUUCAGGAAGCCCCUCCACCUUCAGGAAGCCCUCCACCUUCAGGAAGCCCUCCACCUUCAGGAAGCCCUCCACCUUCAAGAAACCCCUCCACCUUCAAGAAGCCCCUCCACCUUCAAGAAACCCCUCCACCUUCAAGAAGCCCCUCCACCUUCAGGAAGCCCCUACACCUUCAGGAAGCCAUCCACCUUCAGGAAGCCCUCCACCUUCAAGAAGCCCUCCACCUUCAAGAAGCCCCUCCACCUUCAGGAAGCCCCUCCACCUUCAGGAAGCCCUCCACCUUCAGGAAGCCCUCCACCUUCAGGAAGCCCUCCACCUUCAGGAAGCCCUCCACCUUCAGGAAGCCGCUCCAACUUCAGGAAGCCCUCCACCUUCAGGAAGCCCUCCACCUUCAAGAAGCCCUCCACCUUCAAGAAGCCCCUCCACCUUCAAGAAGCCCUCCACCUUCAGGAAGCCCUCCACCUUCAAGAAGCCCUCCACCUUCAAGAAGCCCUCCACCUUCAGGAAGCCCACCACCUUCAAGAAGCCCUCCACCUUCAAGAAGCCCUCCACCUUCAAGAAGCCCUCCACCUUCAAGAAGCCCUCCACCUUCAAGAAGCCCUCCACCUUCAAGAAGCCCUUCCACCUUCAAGAAGCCCUUCCACCUUCAAGAAGCCCUUCCACCUUCAAGAAGCCCCUCCACCUUCAAGAAGCCCCUCCACCUUCAAGAAGCCCUCCACCUUCAAGAAGCCCUCCACCUUCAGGAAGCCCUCCACCUUCAAGAAGCCCUCCACCUUCAAGAAGCCCUCCACCUUCAAGAAGCCCUCCACCUUCAAGAAGCCCUCCACCUUCAAGAAGCCCCUCCACCUUCAAGAAGCCCCUCCACCUUCAAGAAGCCCUCCACCUUCAGGAAGCCCUCCACCUUCAGGAAGCCCUCCACCUUCAGGAAGCCCUCCACCUUCAAGAAGCCCCUCCACCUUCAGGAAGCCCUCCACCUUCAGGAAGCCCUCCACCUUCAGGAAGCCCUCCACCUUCAGGAAGCCCUCCACCUUCAAGAAGCCCUCCACCUUCAAGAAGCCCCUCCACCUUCAAGAAGCCCUCCACCUUCAGGAAGCCCUCCACCUUCAGGAAGCCCUCCACCUUCAAGAAGCCCUUCCACCUUCAAGAAGCCCUCCACCUUCAAGAAGCCCCUCCACCUUCAAGAAGCCCUCCACCUUCAGGAAGCCCUCCACCUUCAAGAAGCCCUCCACCUUCAAGAAGCCCCUCCACCUUCAAGAAGCCCUCCACCUUCAAGAAUCCCCUCCACCUUCAAGAAGCCCCUCCACCUUCAAGAAGCCCCUCCACCUUCAAGAAGCCUUCCACCUUCAAGAAGCCCUCCACCUUCAAGAAGCCCUUCCACCUUCAAGAAGCCCUACACCUUCAAGAAGCCCUUCCACCUUCAAGAAGCCCCUCCACCUUCAAGAAGCCCUCCACCUUCAAGAAGCCCUCCACCUUCAAGAAGCCCUCCACCUUCAAGAAGCCCUCCACCUUCAAGAAGUCACCAUCAAUUCAAGUGAAUGA